CCGAAGAAGGACGCCCCGCCGGUCGUUCCUUCCCUCUGCUGCAAGCUAUAGACGAUAACAAAAUGGUUCAUUGGUAACGGCACCACUAGCGCGUGAUACGCGCUCAACGCUUCAGAGGCUCCCGUCAGCAUACAAAGGCGUGGCCAAACGGCACGAAUCCUUCGUUUUCUCUACAACAUCCUCCUCGCCAUCCUACUCUCACAGCACACCUUCCUCCAUCAACAUAUAUCGAUCAUCACACCACAUACUAAGAAGAGUCACCGCUGCUGAGCACUGUUCGGAAUGCGGUCUAAUAUGGCCUCAACUGUAAGUCUUUGAGUGAUUCCCUUCUCCCCCAGGCAUGGCAAAGGGCGGGUCUGAACGUGCGCGGUCCUCCUCGCGAUUGCUGCAAUGACAGCUAUCUUUGCCACCACCGUUCUUUCUGCGGCUUCCUCCGACAACGCCAUCACCGGCGGCGGCCCAGGCAACUAUUGGCACGUCGAGCAGCUCACCCUCACUUGGCCGACUCACAGCUACACCUUCGAGACCAACAUCACUCAGUCGAACCCUGCCUGGAACCCAGCCUGGGCUGGCGACGCCUCUUCUGCUCACGAGACUCGUCAAGGCAUCUGCGGUGGCAACGGCGUCUUCGGUCACGUGCAGAACAACUGUGCCUACCCUGUCUAUGUUCACACCUCGCUCGGCAGCAACAGCCAGUGUCCCAAUGGUCUCGACGACCCAGCAAACCCGGUUGGCACAUACACCAUAGCGCCCGGUAGUGUCUACAGCACUUCGAUCCAAGCAGUCAUCCAGGGUGGCGGCGGCGUGUCGAUGAAGUUAUCCACCGUUCCAACCAUCGACCCUAACAACGUCCUUCAGGUUGAGUGGGCUCAAGCCGCCAAUGCCCAAGGCGUCAUGCAGGUCUGGUACGAUCUUAGCCAUCUCAAUGGCAAUCCCUUCAUCAGCGUCCCGCGCUUCCUACAGAUUACCGGCAACGCCAACGCUUGUCAGACGCUGUGGGAUCCGGCUUGGAAUGAGCAAGCUGAUUGCGAGUCGAGUGUCUGCGCAAGGCAGUACUCCUGCAGCGCCGUCGGCGAUGCUUAUUUCUACUUGUGCUGAAGGGGCUCGUGGUGCUAUCGCCGGUAGCGCCAGCAGAAGGCAUGACGAGAGAUAGAAGGCGGUA